CAAUUGCGGGAUGAGAGGAACGGAUCCGGCUUCCGCGUUUGCUGAUAGCUUCUAUCCGCGGGUCUCACUACUUUAUGUAGCUCGACGUCACCAAAGCUGAUAUCCUCUUGGAUUCACGCUUGAGCUCGACUCAACUUCUUCCGACUGAUCUUGUCUUUCGUGUUACUUAUCCGCUCCUUGAUAUACUCAUUACUCCGUUGACCCAGCGGUCACGCCUCAAACAGCCCUGGACAUGCCUUCAACACCCUCAGACAGGACCGGGAAGAUAACCAUCGCUAUUGAUCGUGGUGGUACAUUCACAGAUGUUCUGGGUAUUGUGCCGGGAUGGGAAGAGGAUAUCGUCAUCAAACUUUUGUCUGUUGACCCAGACAACUAUCCCGAUGCUCCUACUGAAGGCAUUCGACGCGUCCUCGAGAUCGCUCUCGGAGUAAAGAUUCUACGGGGACAACAACUAGACACCUCAGAGAUCGAGGUAAUUCGUCAGGGGACCACCGUCGCCACAAACGCCCUCCUCGAGCGCAAAGGUGUCAAAUCUGCGCUUCUCGUCACCAAAGGUUUCAAAGAUCUCCUCUUCAUCGGAAACCAGUCUCGACCAGCUCUUUUCGAUCUCGACAUUAAGAGACCGGGUGUGCUUUUCGAGAAGGUUGUCGAGGUUGAGGAGAGGGUAACGAUCGCGGAUUGUAUCGGCGAUGUCCCGAGACCUCUAGAUGCGAUGCUAGAGGACGGGCUUGUGAGAGGAGUAAGCGGAGAUGUUGUGCGAGUCGUUCAGAAGCUAGAUGAGAACCAAGUACGCAAAGAGCUCAAACUACUUCGCGAGCAAGGCUUUCAGUCCAUUGCAGUCGCAUUCGUUCACUCCUACACCUAUCCCGAGCAUGAACUUAUUAUUCGUGAAAUUGCUCACGAAAUCGGGUUUGCCCAUAUCUCACUUUCGUCCCAAUUGCAAGCUAUGGUCAAAAUAGUCCCUCGCGGAAUGAGUGCCACAGCGGACGCCUAUCUUACGCCACAUAUCCGAACGUACCUCGAUAACAUCGCCAAAGGUUUCAAGGGAGAGCUGAAAGAUGACUUGACCAGGGUUGAGUUUAUGCAGUCUGAUGGUGGAUUGGUGCAUCAUCGGAAGUUCUCGGGACUGAGGGCGAUUUUGUCUGGUCCUGCUGGUGGUGUCGUUGGAUAUGCGCGAACCUCUUACUCCCCAGAGGAUGGGACGGGGGUAAUUGGGUUCGACAUGGGAGGUACUUCGACGGAUGUCUCUCGAUACGCUGGCACGCUCGAGCACGUCUUCGAGACCGUCACCGCUGGAGUGAUGAUUCAGACCGCUCAAUGCGACAUCAACACUGUUGCCUCCGGUGGUGGCUCCAUCCUCUUCUGGAGGAAUGGUCUCUUCGUCGUUGGUCCCGAAUCCGCCAGUGCACACCCUGGCCCGGCCUGCUAUCGUAAAGGCGGUCCUCUCACCGUCACGGAUGCCAAUCUUUUUCUCGGUCGCAUACAGCCCGACUUUUUCCCGAAGAUUUUCGGUCCAACUGAAGACAUGCCUCUUGACUUUGAAAUCACGAAGACGAAAUUUGAGGAGCUCACCAAGCAGAUCAAUGCGGACACGGGAGGGACCAAGACUCCUGAAGAGGUCGCUUCUGGGUUCUUGGCUGUGGCGAAUGAGAGUAUGGCGAGGCCUAUCAGGUCGUUGAGUGAAGGAAGGGGAUACUCUUUGAAGAACCACAACCUCGCCUCCUUUGGCGGCGCCGGUGGCCAACACGCCUGUCCUCUCGCUCGUAUCCUCGGUAUCAACACCGUUAUUAUCCACAAAUACUCCUCUAUUCUCUCCGCGUAUGGUAUGGCCCUCGCAGAUACCGUCUCUGAACAGAGUAUGCCUGCGAGCGAGGUAUGGGGUAAGGAGGGCGCUGACGAGAGGUUGAAGUCGAAGUUCGAGGAACUUGUAAAGAGGGCGAGGGACGAUUUGGAGGGACAGGGGAUAAAAGAGAGCCAGGUGGAAGGUGAUGACGGUAUGAAGUUGGUGUUUGAGAAGUAUCUGUUCAUGAGGUACAAUGGCAGCGAUGCGCAGUUGGUGGUGAAGGAGCCUGAGGAUGGUGACUUUGGCAAGGAGUUCCUCAAAAUACACAAGAAAGAAUUCCAAUUCCUUCUUCCUCGCGACAUUCUCAUCGACGACGUUCGCGUCCGUGGCAUUGGUCUCAGCAACGAGUCUCGCAAAUCCGAAGGCUCGAAACUUCACGCUGAGCGCGUGUCUACCGUAACUCAAGCCGUCGAUUCUACUAUCGCAGCUGCUGUGGUGAACGUAUACUUCGAGGAGACCGGAAGGGUGAGUACGCCGGUUUACCUGUUGGGUAAACUGGCUCCUGGUACGCUAGUACAUGGUCCGGCUAUCGUCAUCGACGAUACUCAAACGCUACUUGUCACCCCUGGAGCGACUGCGACGAUGCUGAGCUCGCACGUUGUUAUUGAUGUUGGUCUUGGUGAAAAGAAACAACUCAGUGCCGAUGUUAUUGAUCCUAUCAUGACAUCCGUUUUUGGUCACCGUUUCAUGGCUAUUGCUGAGAUGAUGGGUCGAACCCUCCAGAAGACUGCCGUUUCGCUCCAGAUAAAGGAACGUCUUGACUUCUCGUGCGCUAUUUUCGAUACCGAAGGCUACCUGGUCGCAAAUGCACCCGCCGUACCUGUUCAUCUUGGUGCCAUGGCAUACUGCGUGCAGUACCAGCUGAAUUAUUGGAAGGGCAACCUCAAGCGCGGCGAUGUCCUGGUCUCGAAUCACCCUCAAGCCGGCGGUAGCCAUUUGCCUGAUAUCACUGUUGUCACUCCUGUAUUCAGGGAAGGAACCGACGAUGAGAUCAUUUUCUGGGUGGCGUCGAGAGGUCAUCAUGGUGACAUCGGUGGUCUGGAUGGAAACUCAAUGCCUCCCAAUAGCGCUGAACUAUGGGAGGAAGGCGCCCAGAUCAUGACCCUCAAGUUGAUCACAAACGGCGAGUUUAAUGAGAAAGAAAUCAUCUCGAUUUUCAAAGCCGCAGGCGACUACCCUAACUGCGAAGCCUCUCGUCGUAUCCAAGACAACAUCAGCGACAUGCAGGCUCAGUCCGCUGCGAACGCCGUCGGAGCUGUGCAGAUUGAGGCCCUAUUCGAGGAGUUCCGAGGCGAUGUCGUCAUUGCCUACAUGAAAGCCAUUCGUGACAACGCAGAAGUCGCUGUUAGGCAGUUAUUCCGGGAUACCGUCAAGCGUAUGGGAAAGACACUGAGCGCCGUGGAUUACAUGGAUAACGGGGCCGCGAUCGCCUUGUCGAUUACUCUCAAUGAAGAGGAUGGUUCCGCCAUUUUCGAUUUUGAAGGCACGAGCCCAGAAGUAAACGCGAACACGAAUGCACCAACAGCUGUCGUUCGCUCCGCGCUCACAUAUUGCAUGCGUUGUCUCGUUGGAACUGACAUGCCUCUGAACUCCGGCGUCAUGGUGCCCAUCGAGCUCCGCGUCCCGGACAACAGUAUCGUCAACCCCUCUGAAUACGCCGCCGUCUCCUCCGGUAACACUGAAGUUUCACAGCGAGUAACCGACGUUGUCUUCAAGGCGUUCCAUGCAGCGGCGGCAUCUCAAGGUUGCAUGAAUGUGUUCCACUUCAAUUAUGGAGAGUACAACUAUGGAGAGACGAUUUGUGGCGGUAGUGGUGCUGGUCCUACAUGGCAUGGAUCGUCUGGCGUGCAUGUCCAUAUGACCAACACACGUAUAACCGACGUCGAAACUAUCGAGAAACGCUUCCCAGUCAUCGUCAAGGAGUUCUCAAUCCGGGAAGAUUCUGGUGGGAAGGGACGGUUCAACGGGGGUAAUGGUGUUCAUCGCGAGUUCCACUUCACGAAAGACUGCAAGACUUUCCUCAUCGGCGAGAGACGGGUCACGCAGCCAUACGGGAUGGAGGGUGGUGAGCCAGGGCAGAGUGGUGCUCAUUAUUGGAUGAGGAAGAACAGGGACGGAUCGCUCAGGAAGGUCAACCUCGGUCCUCGAGCUACGAUCAACGUCUUGGCGGGCGAGAGCAUCAUCAUUCACACACCUGGUGGCGGAGCUUGGGGAAGCCCGGGCAGCAUUACCGAUGCCGAAUCGACCAAACAGGCCGCAGCUGGUGGUAUCACGAAGCCCUUCUGGCGUGCUAUGGGAUCCGUCGCGUCAUACAUGGCCGCUCAGAAUGAGCAGGGUUAAUAGCUGUUUCUUUGCAGUGGCGAACCACACAGGCUGAACCUGGUGGGUAAGAGAAUGUCGUGUGUUGUUGAACGUGUUGUAUCGAUAGACUUGUAAUUAUUGAGUAGAUGAUGCGGAUUGGUCAC